UGUCAACCGAUGCUAAAGCACAAGGGGGCCCCUGAUCUUCAUGUGAGAGACACCAGCCAGAUCAACUUCCCAAUGACAACCGACAAGGCUGGUUACGGAGUAGGAUACGAAGCGAUCAACCCUCGAUCAAAGGGCACUAGCCCAUCACUUUCCACAUUAGUCUGCGGCACGGUCUGGAAGCCGAGUUGGCGUCGCUCAUCUUCCCUCCACAGUAAGGAGGCCGACACGAAUCAGGCCUGGCUAUUCUGCUACUCAUGUCAAAACAAACCCCGACCAGUCAGAAGUCAUCUCCGUAUAAAUUCUCCGGAAGUCGAGGCCCCAUCACGUAAUGGGGGGGUUUUUUUCUAUUUUUCCCUUCUUCCGCACGUUUGGGACUCUUUAUCCGACGGUUCCCCCCCGGUAGGAAACCUGCGGAAUCCUUGAAACUUUCGGGGAACAUCAGAAUCCCAGUCCACCAUGCGUCUCCAACGGAACCUAUUACUUUAUGGAUUCCUUUUGAUUACUCUGGUGGUCUGUUCGGCCGCCAAAGACCCCGAUCUGUACUCUUUCCCUCAGUGCGCGCUGUCUUGUGGAGAGCAAGUAAAUUGCGCACCCGACGAUACAAGAUGUGCCUGUUCAGAUCGACUAUUCGAGGGAUCGUUAGGAACCUGCGUGGCUGCGAAUUGCACCAUUAAGGAGCAGUUUGUCACCAAACGACUUCGUGCCAAAGAAUGCGGCUUUUCGGAGCACGAGGGUCGGCCAGCCGUAGAGGCAGCUACUCUGGUACCGCUCAUUCUCACCUCCAUCCUCUUUAUCUGCCGUAUAUUCGCCAAGGCUAUCCAUCUUGGUGGAGGUUGGGGAUGGGAUGAUACCACGAUCACUGUGGCCUAUGCUUUGGCUGUGGAGAUAUUCAUCGUCAACAUCUACAUGAUCCAUCAUGGAUUCGGUAUGAACAUGUGGGACAUUAUCCCGUUCAGCAAUAUAACCAUGGUCUACAAGCUCUUCUACGUCCUCGUUCUCAGCUACAAGAUUCAAAUAUCUCUCGCCAAGAUCUCCGUCUGUCUAUUCCUGCUGCGGAUCUUCCAGUCGGCCCUCUUCCGCCACAUCACGUACACUGUCAUUGCCCUGAACACGGCCAUCGGCAUAACCUGGGUUCUGUGCGACUCGCUGCAAUGCAUCCCCGUGCAUCUGGCCUGGAAGGGCUGGGCCGGUGAGGAACAGGGGAAAUGCAUCGACUUUAUUACGGUGACGUUGACCAACGCACUUGUGAACAUCUUUGUGGAUUUCGCCAUGGUGGCGGCGCCCGUCUACGAGAUUACCAAGCUGCAGUUGACGAAGAAGAAGAAGGUGGGCGUGGGACUGAUGUUUGCCAUGGGAUUACUCUUAACCGUCGUGGCAAUCAUUCGAGUUGUCGUUUUCUGGAACAACCGCUGGUCCGACAACCAAACCGCCCAACUCCAACCCAUCGUCCACUGGUCCGUCAUCGAGGUCCAAAUCGCUGUCCUCUGCGCCUGCCUGCCCGCCACACGUGCCCUUAUCGGCCACUUCAUGCCCGAGCUCAUCAGCGUGUACGGCAAGAAAUCGUACGCCACGAACGGCGCUCCGCUGAGCAGUCACGCCUAUCCGCCCGGCUCCAACGCCAAGGGCGAGAUCGCCAAGACGAUGACCUACUCGGUGAACUACACGUCGAGGGCGCAGCGCGACGACUCGGGGAGCUCGGUGGAGCUGGUCGAGGUCGAUCAGGAGAGUUUGGAAGGGGGGAAGGUGAAUGGGCGAGGGGGGAGUAGAGUUUGAUCUAUUUACUUCCGGGGUGGUUAUUUCCUUUGCAUUAUAUCGGUUGCAUUUUCCAUUCUCUGUCUCUUUUGUAUGAUAUACCUUUUGGGUGGGUUAUAUUUUUUUUGUUUGGGUGGAGUGUUGCUUUAUACCUACUGUCAUUAUCUAUAUUAAUUCCAAAAACGCUAGGCUAUGAC